UUUCUUUUUGUUACAGCAAUUGGCCGUGUGAGACUCGUCCAUACAGCAACAGCAGAACUAGCUACCUAUAGAAUUUGUUGGGCGGGUUGUUCUGCAGUGGUCAUGGCGUGUUACACCGCAGCUAGCUCUACCUGUAGUGCUACCUUUGGUGCUUCUGCUUCUGCCACUAUUAUUGGUUGCAACACCGCCUUUGGUACGUGCCAGGCUGCAUGUGCCGCCUUCCUUUUGAGAGAAAACACAGCCUUGUCACGAUACAAGUGA